AUGGAUGACAACAUCGUUCUAUUUCAGAAUUUGGAUCGACGCCUAGGCAUUGAAGUUGAAAGCCUUAAAUUUUCUGUCCAAAGGCAGGCAUGGACAAAGCACGACUUCAAGUGUCUUGGGUGGGUGGAGACUAACGACAGCGGAGAUGAGCUAGGAACGAGAAGAGAAUGCUGGCAACGAAUUCAAGCAGGUGAUGCUGGGUAUUGCCUCGUGAUGAAUGCUACUUCAGGUCACGUAUACCAAAUUAUGCAGACGACGAGUCUUUCCCUCAAAGACGACACUCGAUUUACCUGUGAGUUGGCAAAUGCUUUCUCUUCGUUUCGAUUCCAUGCGAAGACCUAUCGUCACGAUCCACCGAUGGCUCUUGACUUUUUCAGUCCGGACGGAAUCGUUAUGGCGGUGUACGAAGGCGUACUCCCCAGUGCAUUUGCAAGUAUUCAUCGUCUACGUGAUGUUGGGUGUAUCCUUCCAAUCGAAAUAUGGUUUCGUCACGAAGAACUACAUCUGGAGAACCCAGUGUUAUUGCUAUUGAUCAAAACGUAUGGACCCAUAUACGUAAGACAAAUCUUCGACGAGCGCAUCUAUGGCUUCAACGUAAAAGUACACGCUCUGUAUUAUUCUCACUUCACUCGCGUUUUGCUGCUGGACGCCGAUAAUUUUGCUUUGCGAGAUCCCACCCCAUUAUUUGCCUCCGAAGCGAUGAAGAAAUAUGGAGCCAUCUUUUGGCCUGACUUUUGGCACCCUGGAAAUUCAAUUUUUAAUCUGCAUGCUCAGAGCUUAGUAUGGGAGCUUUUGGACAUCGAGUACGUGGAUAUGUUGGAACAGGAAAGUGGUCAAUUGUUGGUGGAUCGAGCUAGAAGCAGACCAAUGCUUGAUCAGCUCAUGUUCUACGCGACACAUAAGCCCAAUUUAUUCACGAAAUUAAAACUUGUGUGGGGAGAUAAAGACCUCUUUCGCUUGUCGUGGCUUCAGUUGCGAAAACCAUUUCACUAUAAUGACCGCCGCAUGCCUGGAACUCUGGGUGUCGUGAAUAUCGAUCGUCAACGCUAUUGCGGAGUCACAAUGGUGCAGUAUGAUCUAAGUGGUGAAAACAUGCUUUUUUGGCAUCGAAAUACGAUCAAAAUCAGUGGUCGGCAGGUGUGGCACAUGCUACAAGAACUUCCGCUUCAUGCAAAAGAUAGAAAUCUGCUUCCAAGAAUUCAGUCUUUCAACGGUGGAAAAGUAUUUAGUGAGACAUCAGGCUUCGGAUUAAUGCGCUAUGAGAUGAAUGCGCUGGUACAUACGAAACGAGUGAAUGAAUUGAGCAUUAAUUAUGCCUCGCUGGAGAAAACGCUAAUUACUUACGCACAACAGGCUUAUACGCUUCUUCACGAUCAAAUUUCCGAUGUGUUCUUACAUAACACGUAG